GUCUAAAGCGACGCGGCAAUGCUAAGCGUCUGCGUGGGUCGACGGGUGUCUGGGCCAGGAUCAAUAGCGUGCCAGCAACCAGGUAGGUGUGAGUGUAUGUAGGUUUCUGAACGGUGGCAGUCCAGGAGACGAAUCUUCCGAGGUAGGACACUUGACGAGUCGAAUACAGUUUCAGUGUCGUACCGGAGAGCGCCAUGCCAGUAUCAUUGCAUCACGGAACGCUCAUUGCCUAGGAUUAUCAGCUUCUCCAGGCUGCCGCAAUGUGGCCUGGAGUAUUGAAGUUAUUGGUGUUAUUAACAUUCUUGCUACAUCCAUCAAGAUGUACGCAGGGAAAGGUGAAUUACCGGGAAAAGGAGAAAGAAGUAUUAGACAACAUUUUAGGAGGAUACGACGCGCGUAUCCGGCCCAGCGGAGAAAAUGCAACAGAUGAGCCGACAAAUGUGAUGGUCAACAUCUUUCUCCGCUCUAUCAGCAAAAUAAAUGAUUAUAACAUGGAAUAUUCUGUACAGUUAACAUUCCGGGAACAAUGGCUGGAUGAACGAUUACGAUUUAAUGAUUUUGGAGGUCGUCUAAAAUAUUUAACAUUAACGGAUGCGAGUCGUGUUUGGAUGCCAGAUCUGUUCUUUUCGAAUGAGAAAGAAGGACAUUUUCACAAUAUUAUUAUGCCGAAUGUGUACAUUCGUAUUUUUCCCAAUGGUUCCGUUCUAUACAGUAUACGGAUAUCCUUAACAUUAUCAUGUCCGAUGAAUUUAAAAUUGUACCCCUUGGAUCGACAAGUUUGCUCAUUGCGUAUGGCAAGUUAUGGUUGGACAACAGAUGAUUUGGUUUUCUUAUGGAAGGAAGGAGAUCCUGUCCAAGUUGUUAAAAACCUACACCUGCCUCGGUUCACGUUGGAGAAAUUUUUUACUGAUUAUUGUAACAGCAAGACGAAUACUGGAGAGUACAGCUGCUUGAAAGUUGACUUGCUCUUCAAGAGAGAAUUCAGUUACUAUCUUAUUCAAAUCUACAUUCCCUGCUGCAUGCUCGUUAUUGUAUCCUGGGUAUCGUUCUGGCUCGAUCAAAGUGCUGUACCAGCUCGAGUUUCACUAGGUGUGACCACCUUGUUGACGAUGGCUACACAAACGUCAGGAAUAAAUGCCUCACUGCCACCAGUCUCUUAUACAAAGGCUAUCGAUAUUUGGACAGGCGUAUGCUUGACCUUUGUAUUCGGCGCUCUCCUCGAAUUUGCUCUAGUAAAUUAUGCGUCGCGGAGCGACAUGCACAGCGAUAACAUAGAGAAAAAAUAUCCGCCGUCUGAAACGGAACAAUCCACAUCGAUGGAUCUACCCUCUGAUCAAGUCGAACCAGAUAAUUCGUCAAAUUUCGCUAUGACCGGAUAUGAUGGACCACUUCAACAUUCUCUACAGAAACCUCUGGUCCGACAACCGGAGGAUACCAUGUCGGUGGAUAGGAUGCAGCACUGCGAAUUACAUAUGCAACCACGAAAAAAAAACUGCUGCAGGUCGUGGCUGUCCAAGUUCCCGACGAGGUCCAAGCGCAUCGACGUCAUCUCACGGAUCUUCUUCCCCAUCGUAUUCGCUUUCUUCAAUCUCGCGUACUGGUCCACGUACCUGUUUCGGGAGGAAGAGCAGAACGAGUGAACGUCGACGAGGAAGCGCUGGGAUCAAGGAACGUGGCUCGCGGCCAUUCCCAUCAUUCUCACACCACAACCACAACAAGCACAACCGCCAAACCUCAUCAUCGUUCGCGCCCACGCCACCAUCAUCACCAACAACCGCAACCACCGUACCACAGUUGUCGCCUCCAUCAUCAACACUAUCAGCAUCAACACGCUAACCUGCAACAGCAGUCGCAGCAACACCUGCAGCAACAGCCGCCGCCACCGCCGCCCGCGCCAUCUGGCCAGCAUCAAUCGUUACCAUCGCACCACCACCACCACCACCAGAGGCACAAACACCAUCCGCGUUAUCACAUACAUCAAGCACAGCAACCGAGAUCUCCCUCGUUCUCGUCGUUGCACAACGUCGAAGGUAGCGGUCGAUGCUCGCCAAGGGGUUCGCGGCACUCGUGCAAAAGCCCUGCGAGAUCCUCACCCUCGCCCUCGCCUUCACCCUCGCCCUCGCCCACCGCGUCUCGCAGGGCUACGCCCUCACCGCCCGCGGCGACUGUUCGCACGACCCCACCACAAGAUGUCCGCCGUUUUCAACGAUUUCCGCUUCCUCGUACCGAGAGGUGCUGUUGGGGUCUUUUACCGCGACGUUGGUUCACCUGCCGAGCGAAAGGUACCGCCGGGAUUGACUUCGUCUCGCGUAUCGCUUUCCCCCUCAUGUUUAUCUUGUUCAAUUUGGGAUAUUGGUCCACCUAUCUGUUCGCAGGUGACGAAAAUCUUCAUAUGCAAAAGUAAGACUAUUGCGUAUCGAGAUCAUUAUUGGAUUGGAUUAAUCGCGUAGUGGAUCAGAAGAGAGAACGAUCGAGAGGGGAAAGAGGGGUGGAAAGGUGUAUACGCGGGUGAUAUCAGUCUACGUCGAAUAAAAUUUAAUCAUAAAGUCUUGUCUGGUCGAGCCGCCUCGACGGAUCGUGUCCCCGUGGAUCGUACUAUUGCGACCAUUUUUCCACGCGGUACGCCAUUACGUGUCAUCUUUGUCAAUAUUAUCGCGAGUAUGUGAAAGAGCGUAUAACGUUCGCGUCAAUAAUAUCUUGUGAUGUUAUGUCGAUAUUUCGAGAAUAGAAGGGAGGGGGAACACGCAUUCGUUGGGAGAUUCGCUCGUACGCUUGUGUUUGGAAGAGAAGAGUGGAAGGAAAGGAAGGAAUGGUAUAUAUAUAAAGGGUAUAUAAAAUCGAGAACAAAGUGUACUUGGACAGAAGACUUUUCAAUAAUCCGUGCCUGAAGUUCGAUGACCACAUUAAAAGACCAAGGAAAGCGCAACGAAAUAACAACGCUCGGUACGGUAGGAAGUAGUCGACGAGAUAUAUUAUAUAUGAAUGAAUAUAUAUAUAUAAUAUAUAUAUACAUAAUAAAAAAGAAAAAAAAGAAAAAAAAACCAACGGGAAAAAACGAAAAUGGUAAAAUAAAGAUUUAAGCUCUCUUACGCGACCGUAUAUAUAUAUUAUUAUUAUACACACAUACACACACCUCUGUAACAUACUUUCGGAAGACCGCGUGCCACAGGAUAUGAAAACCAAAUGUAGUGUGGGCCCUGUAUAGCCACGGCCUGUUAAACGAACUACAUGCGAAUGGAUAAAUUUAUAAAUAAUAUAACGUAAUUAUAAUUGAGUAAAGUAAAUCGUUAAUGCAACAAAUGAUUCCUGUGUAUAAAAAAAAAAAAAAAAAAAAAUCCUCAGUCUAAACGGAAUUAAAAAUACGAAUCAAUGUCGAUCAUAUAUUAUUAUUUAAAAAGAAUCCAAUGAUUGACAUUGAGUCGAGAUUGAAUCAAAAGAGAAGAAGGAGAAAGAGAUAAAGAAAAGAAAAGAAAAGAAAAAAAAAGAAGAAAAAGAAGAUUGAAAGAAUGAUGAAAAAAGAAAAAAAAAAAUGAAAAAAAUAUAUAUAUAUAUAUAUAAAAGAGAAAAGUAAUAUUCUCGAGGAGACAAUUAGCUGAUAUUAAGAGAAUAAAAAAAAAAAAAAAAAAAGUCGCAUUAUCAUGAGAGAUUAUACAUUUAGAUAUUAAUUAUUGAUCGAGGCGGUAGUAUCAAACACAUGACAAAAAAAAACUCUCUCUCUAUUUCACACGUACGUAAAAACAUUUACACACACGCACACACACAUAAAUACACAGACAUUCACACACACACACAGACGUUGCUCUCCUUUGGACUUUUUCGAGAUCACGGGAUCUCUAAAGUAUUGCUCAUUGACCAGUCGAGACUGAGGAUAUUGUUCAAUGUGAAAUAUAUAGGUGGAAAGAAAAAAUCGUAAAAAGAAAAAAAAUUGAAAAAAAAAAUGAAAAAAAAAUAUAUAUAUAUAGAUAUAUAUAUAUAUAUAUAUGAAAAUGGACUGAACCGAGUGGAUCGAGCGUGACGCGAUCCAUCACGGGACAUGGAGGCGUAGAAAUUUUCUUUUCGAGCAAGCGUGUUGCGAAAUGUGAGUCGAAGGUAUCCUUCGAGAGGGAAAGAUUUUAAAGGAGGAAAAAAAAGAAAAUAGAGUGAAAAAAAAAAGAAAAAGAAAAAAAAAAGAAGAGCGUUGCGAAUAAUAACGGAAGAAAAGAGGGAGGGAAAGAAGGGAGAGGGGGAAGGGGAUGAGAUUGAAAUGAUUUUUUAGUUUUUGCGUGCAAACUUUGUUUCGAUUGUCAAUCGUAUCGUUUAUCCGCCAUAACGAGAAUUCUUCCAUCGAGCGGAAAUAAUAAUACAGGAUGUUUCAAAGAAAGGGUCUAAAAUAUUGUAAUAAAAUUUUAUCAAAAAAAUUAUUUAAAAAAUUCUUAAUAACGAGGUAACGAGAUUUUCAAAAGAGAUUAUUUCCAAAUAAAUUAAAAAUAGUUUUAUUUUUUUUUUCCUUUAACAAAUUGUUUAAUUAAAAAAUUCAAAACUUACGUGUUUACGUAUCCAUUGUUAAUUUCUUAAAAGAAAUUGGAUCUUCGAAUAUAAUCACGGAGUAAAAUACAUAAUUCGAUGAAAAAAAGUUUUAGACCUUUCUUUACAUUCCGUAUACUUUAUAGUAGAAUUAAGUGUUCUAUUUAUUUCGUUCGUUGCAUGCGAUAAAUUCGUUUCUCGCGAGUACCAACUCUAAGACGCAAUAGAUUUCCUUUCGACAGAAAAGAAUUAUUAGAAGAAGAAAAUUAUAUCCUUUCUGGCGUUUUCCUUUUUAUUGUUCUUCUUAUUUCUUCCGACCACUGUAUCGCCACUAUCGAUUCGUCGUUGAGUAUAGUUCGAUGCUUCGAUCGUUAAAGAAAAAAAAAAAAAAAUUUUUAGAUCAGAGGAACGAUAUAUAUAGACGAGGAUAAAAAUAACACCGAUAUUUAAAAAGAAAAAGAAUAAUGAAAAAAAAAAAAGAAAAGAAAAAGCGAAAGGAACGACUUAUAAAAAGAUGUUGAAAAAACACAGCGUACAGAUAUCACGCGAAAAAAAGAGGGAAAGAACAAAGGGUGAAAAAAAAAAAGAAGAAGGGAAGAGUGUUGUGCUAAUUUUAUCGUCGUUUCACGCUGUCCUUCCGUUUUGCUCAUUCUUGUUGAUUUGUCCGUUUAAUCAUAGCACAAUGUCGGAUCAGUAUAACGUCCUGCUCAAUAACGACUGACAUAAAAAAAAAAAAAAAAAAAAACCAAUUAUGAUGAAUUAAUUGUAUAUAAGUAUUCUUAUCGUGAAUAACGAGGUGUAACGCGCUGAAUGAAUUCCCGAAUUUUAAACUGAAAAUUUCGAUUUUAUCGAAUACACCGUGCGACAGACGUGACCAUGCAGAUAAAUAUAAAUAAUUGAAUAAAAGAAAAAAGAAGAAGAAGAAGAAGAAAAAAAAAAUAAUGAGAACAAUAUAUUAAAACUUAAAAUCGUAAAAAUCAUUUAAUCGUCGAAAGUUCUCUCCGGGCAGUGAUAAUCGUAUAAGGAGAAUAAAAAGAGUAUAAAAAGGAUAAAAAGAAGAAAAAAGAAAAAAAAUGAAAGACGUAUGCGUAUUCGUCUCGAACGUGAAAAAAAAAAAAGAAAAAAGAAAAAAAUCAUCGUCGAUCACUGUCUAAAUGAUUAAUGAUGGAUGAGAACGAAUCGUCGGACUGGUCACAAAAAUAAAUAAUAAACGGUAAAUUGUAAUCCGCGACUAACGCGUAUCACGUACAUUCUUUGUAAUUCAAACCAGGCAAUCACGUUCACGUUUUAUAUUAUCGGUACGACGAGUACGCCCAUCAAUAUCGGACUGCACAUCGUUCCAGGCGUUUUAAUAUCGUCGAGAAAAAAAUAAAAAAAAAAAAAAAUAUAAAAAAGAAAAAAACGGAAAAGAAUAAAAAAAAAGGAAAAAUUAACAAACACGUAGAAACGAUCGAGGGAGCGACAACGAUGUGAAAUUCUGAAGAAGAAAUUAAUGCGUGUUUUUUCUUUUUCAACAAUUUCGCAUCGAGUCGUUUUUAGCGCGUUUAUUUCGUAAAAAAAAAAAAAAGUGGAAAAAAAAAACAAAAAAAAGAAAUUCAAAAAAGAGUCGCAAAUAAGAAACGCCUGGCACGGUGUCGAUGAUCUUAAUCGUUGUCACCUUUCAAAAUUGUAGCAAAGCGAAAAAAGGGAAGAAUGAAUCGAUGAAUCGAAGAUGACGUUUUUUCGUUUCGAUUCGGGAUUUUGUUUGGAGAAAAUGAGCGAGCGAGUCAUCAACGUGUUUAUUUUUCACGAUAUUAUAUCGAAAAAAAAAAAAAAAAAAAGAAAAAAAA